AUGGUUGGCUAUGAUGAGAAACAGACUCAGCUAACGACCGGUCAGUAUGCAUUGGCUGGUGCGACAUCAGGCGUUGUUACACGACUGUUGUUACAGCCACUUGAUGUUGUCAAGAUACGACUGCAAAUACAAGUUGAACCUACUAAUAAGGUAUUGUCUGAGUUUCUGAACUACAUAUGAAAAAGUUGAAAAAACACUUUCAUGUUUCAAACCAAAAUUAUCAGGAGGUAGGUGACAAACUCCUCCCAACAAAGGGAAUUUAUAAUAUAAUAAGAUUAUUUAUUACAUCUGUCUUUUACCAGAAAAUUACUACUGGGCCUAUCAGUAAAUACAGAGGACUCUUUCAAUCGUUGAAUGUAAUUGCAAAUGAAGAAGGAAUUAAAGCAUUAUGGUGAAUUAAUAUUGUCAAUAUUAGAUUUUACUAAACGUACCAAAUAUUUGAUAACAUACUAACCAAUACCAUACUGUACAUGUCUUCAGGAAAGGUCAUAUUCCAGCACAACUGCUGUCGAUAACAUAUGGGUGUGUCCAGGUAAUUGUUCAGUAUUGUAACUUCAAGCUAUGAGCAGCCUCUGCUAAGAAACACUUAAGAUGACGCCUUAAGAUUUAGCAAGUGAACAUAUUUCAGCUCAGAGGCAGAGCCACAGGCUAUGCCCCUGCUCUAGCUGUUUCCAUCUUACCUGAAUUCUUUGUAAUAUAUUAAUUUAAAUUUUAAUUCUAGUUUGCAUCAUUUGAAGCUCUGACAAAAUUAGCUUGGAAAAUAAUUUCACAUGAAAAAUAUGCAAACCUAAAACCAGGUAGAAUGUUAUGUAAAAACUGUUUUUCAACCAAAUAAAAAAGAUAGAUUUGAAUUCCAUCCUGUAAUUUUUUAUUUUGCAACCCUUGGUUUUCAUUUUUAGCGACACAUUUCAUUUGUGGAGGUUUAGCUGGCUGUUGUUCAUCAGUUAUUGUUCAACCUAUCGACGUUUUGCGAACAAGACUUGUGGCACAAGGUGAACCCAAGGUCGGUUCAUGAAUCACUGAGAAUACUAACUGAGAUUCCGGCUGUAGACGAAAUUUUGAUCAAUACAAGAAGAACGAAAUCCAUUACCAUAGCUGGAAAGAGCAUCUUAAAAUGAGUAAAAUUGCAAAGUUUGGUUGCGAAUUGUUGUAAAAUGAGGAAAGUAUAGCCCUGUGAACUUCACAAAUUUUGUAUAUAUUUUCAUUACGCGCGUGAAAAUAACCAUUUUUGAGCCGAAAGUGGUUAUUUUUACCGCGCGUAAUACAAAUAUAUACAAAAUUUGCGAACUUCACAGAGCUAUAUUGUCUUCAUUUUACCACAUUUAGAAACCAAUCUUUGCAAUUUUACUCAUCCUAAGACGCUCUUUCUAGCUGUGCUGUUGGAUUUCGUUUUUCUUCCCUUGAUCAAAAUUUAGUCUAUAGCUGGGAAUCACCCAUUAAGAUCCUGGCUAUGACUUCUCCUUCAGACCAACCAACCAGCCAGGCCUUGCCCAGAAGGGCACCCCAUGGAACGCGCAUCUUUUCUCAAGCACAUUUUUUCAUGAUGAAGGCCUAAAACCAUGUAAUUGAGUGAUUUGAGUCCUUGGUUUAGUCGGUGCGCGAAAAAAGCACCAUGCUCUUGUAAUAAAAAUAAUUUUAUCACUCAACAGGUCUACAAUAGUUUGUAUCAAGCUGUCAGGGCAAUGUAUCACGAAAAUGGUUUAAGAACGUUUUACAAAGGUACUGACAAGUCAUCUUGUGUUUGGGCUUUCCAGAAAACGCUCUUCAGUACUAAAUCAUCUCGAUAUUUAUUACUAAUUUUUUUCAAUACAGGUUUGGUACCGACGAUGAUGGAGAUUUUUCCCCAAACAGGGAUGCAUUUUGCAUUCUACACUGGACUACAAAUCAUCUGGAAGGAUUACAUUAACUCUCUAGUAGGUCUCGUAAUUUCUCGUGUACAACUUAUUGACACGCACGAGCUUCGGAAAUUUUUGUCAUCUUAUAUAUAAGAAUGCCAUAUAAUUUACUUCUUGUUUGAAAAUUUCAAAUUAAACAUUUUGCAAGUCAAGUGCGGCAUCAUAGUCCACAUGUUCUCUGAAAUUUACAUUCUAUAGUUGACUUACACAGGAAAUUUUAAUUUUUGAAUUUUGCUGCCAGGAACUGAUGAAAUAUAUUUUCUAGGCCUGAGUUUUCCUUUGUCCCUUUGGCUUUGUUCUCAAAAAGGAUUUCAUCGUGUUCCCUGGUUCCCUAUGAUUUUUCGGCCCUGUUCCCCAUUGCAAAAUAUACCGUGUUCCUUUGGUUCCUGGAAACCCCUGGGAGAUUCUCGCCAAUGCUACUAACCUAGUUUUUCUUUACAUGACCUCAAGGUUGAUAGCGAUGUUUCAGCGACUGAAAGUUUAUUCUGUGGCGCCAUGUCUGGUAUCCUUAGCAAAAUUAUCAUUCAUCCUUUGGACGUCGUCAAGAAACGAUUACAGGUAGAAGAAAGACACUCCUGAACACAAAAUAACGCGGUGGUCAGUGCAUGGGUCUUUAAUCUCUGCGACUCUUGCUUCAAUUCCUGAAAUAUCAAGUAUUGGAGUUUGACGUUUACCAAACACUUUGACCUAUUAUUUUCUCCGGGAACUCCAGUUUCCUCCUGUGGUAAAAUUGGACAAAUAUGGAACUAGGUAGAACAGUUUAGAAUUGAUACAGCUAUCCAGUAUAAAUAAAGUUAGUUUAGUUUAGGUUUCCUCCUGUAGUAACACUGGAUCAAUAAGAGAUGAUCCUUAUCGGACCUCUAGAGAGAACAGUUUAGAACUGAUACAGUUAUCCAGUAUAAAUAAAGUUAGUUUAGUUUAGGUUUCCUCCUGCAGUAACACUGGAUCAAUAAGAGAUGAUCCUUACUGGACCUCUAGGGAGAACAGUUUAGAACUGAUAGAGCUAUCCAGCAUAAAUAAAGUUAGUUUAGUUUAGGUUUCCUCCUGCAGUAACACUGGAUCAAAACGAGACGAUUCUUACUGGACCUCUAAGAAGAACAGUUUAGAACUGAUAGAGCUAUCCAGUAUAAAUAAAGUUAGUUUAGGAAAUUAGGAUAUUUUGAGGUAAAAACGUGGCAUCAUUUCCUGCAAUAGCCAAUGUGCUAUGAAAGAUGACGUAGCAACGUGCAAAAAAUCUUUCUCGUUAUAGAUUGAUGGCUUUGCGUUUCGUGAGGGUAGCGUAGUACCAGCCCACCAUACAACUCAGUCAGGUGGUAUGCUUCAUUGUAUCAAGAAUAUUGCCAGAAACGAAGGAAUUCUUGGCUUUUAUAAAGGACUGAAAGUCAAUAUUAUAAAGGUUGGUAAAUGCUCGUUGCCUCUCACUUCACAAUUUCGGAUAACUCUGAUGCCUAGUUAAUACCAAUGUUCUGAUCAUGUGCAGAGCAUAGAAGGGAACAAAGGUAACCAACCAAUUAUAUACAGACCUAUAAAUAAAUUAAAACAAUUGUUUAUACCCAUAACCACCCACUUCACAUUUUGACUUUUUCAGGUAACUCACCAACCUCGUACCCAGGCUCUUGCCUUCGCACUAACUCACAUUCGGCCUUGUUACCACUUUUCUGAUAAUGUAAUAGACCCUUCCAAAGUUAACGACGCCAUAAUGAAACACAAUGCUGCAAGGGAUGCAAAUACAAUGGAAUUCCCUAUAGGUAGAGAUGCCGUCCUUAACCUUGGAAGGGCCUAUUAGCACUGACUUUUUUAAUGUUGUUUUCAAAUUUUAUACAGGGUGCCAGUUCGGUUGGUGUCUCAUUCAUGGCGUAUGAACAAUGUUGCAAAUAUAUGACGAACUCUUAAUUCUUGAAAAUAACAUGAAAACUUUUAGAAAUAUUGAUGUACAGAAUAUUAUAAUUAGCAUAUAUCAAUAAAUUAAUACAUGAAUUGUAAAAUACUUUUAUAUUUAUGUAAUAGCGUUUUGAAAAUAAAAUUCUGUUUUUCAAAAGAUCAAAAUUUCCUGGAUUGUACAUUCAUACAUCUAAAAUCAUUCCUUCAAUUUCCUUCAUUAAGACUUUGCCCCAGUAGUGCCAUAAAAAAUGCCCAGGUAUACCACGGAAAUAAACGUGAACUCAAAAAAAAAAUUUAAAGUUAGUCAUAAAAAAACUAGACUAGGGCUUCGUUUUUAACACACUUUUAGGCUUUCUUCUGUGUAUGGGAUGCCUACAUUAUUUAAAUUGUCGCUACUACACAAAAUUUCUCGAAAAUUUCGGUUUAGCAAAGGAUAAACAUGAUACAAUUUUUGCUUUUUAGGGUUUUCCCGAAACUUUUAUUGCUAAUAUAUAUAUUUUUAGCGUUGUUCUAACUUCCGGUAAAUGUCAUCGAACCGAGGCUAUAUAUAUGACGUAUUUUGAAAAAACUUGCAUUUGAGAACAACAUGUCUUCGAGGUAGGGCCGUGUCAAAAUUCACGCUGUUUCAGCUUGAAUUUCAACAAAUUUAACUCACGGAACAUAAACUUUUAUUUAUUGUAGAAAGAACACGGUGAAUUUACAAUGUCCGCAACAUCCUGAUGCAUUUUUGGUGGAAGAUUACCGCGCAGGCGACAUGGUUUGUCCUGAGUGCGGUUUAGUAGUCGGAGAUCGGUAAUUUUUAAUUUGAACGUCACCAUUAAAAAUAAUAUUUUACACGCUAAAAUUAAUCCAACGCGUGUUAAUGCUGCUUUAGUCAACAGAUAACACCUAUACAUUUCCAUAAAGUAUUCACUUUACCGUUUCAGGCUUUUAAAAAAGUGUUUCACUUAAAAAAUCUCCGGUUGUAAACAAACGUUUUUAUUGUCAAAAUCAGCAAAAGUCACUGUUGAAAACCGUCGCUUUUUCCCCCUUAUAGCGUUGUCGAUGUAGGAUCAGAAUGGCGAACAUUUAACAACGAGAAGUCAGUGUCAGAUCCGUCUCGUGUUGGCGCAGCACAAGUGAGUAAAAGCGUUGAAAAAAUUAGUUGAAAUGCUUUUGUGAAAAUUGUCUUGUUUGAACUCCAUAUUUUCUUUCUUCUUGGAAACUGGAACCCAGGCUUUAUACGCGCGAAGCGGUCCAUGAGCUGUAAAUGUAUUAACUGGAGCGACAUAUUCGAUAAUUAACCAAUAUAAUCAUGUAAUUAACUGAUCAUGGAUAAUUAAGACAUGUACUGAUUAAUUUUGAUAAUCAGUGAUAAUUAGGUCAUAAAGGUUAUAAUAAAAUAUUAUUAUUGUAUUAUAAAGCUUGAUUACAAUCAACUGAUAAUUAUAUAUGAUUAUAAUCAUGAAUUAUAUAGUUUGAUCAUAAUCAUUAUAAUCUUCAGUAGCUUGCACUUUAUAUCACUGGAUAAUAAUAUUCUUUAACAAGGCACAUGGUUCCCCUUAACCCUAUAGGUGGCAAUGCACCCUACUUUAGUAUUUUACUCUGUCUAAUGCCAGACAAUUUUACUUGUCAAGUGGAGAGUGUGCCACUCAAUGGGUUAACAAGUAAAACCGUCCGGCUUUAGACAGAUAAAUAGGGUUACUUUUUGUUUCUGAGGCUUUCAGCUAUAACUGCUGUACAAUAUGUUAGUGCAAUUACUUCAAUUUUAAACUUUUCUCUUAGAACCCACUCCUGGGUGGUACAGACUUGUCUACAAUGAUUGAGAGAGGUGCUCCUGGCAAGUAUGAUAUGGAUGGUUAUUCCAAAAUGCAUAAUCGUGGUGGGGUAAGUACAGGAAUAUUCCUCCUGAAAACUUAAGAUUAUUCAAGAAAUUGCUGUGAAUAAUGAACCCAAUCAUUAAUAAUUGCUACUUAUGCUGUUUUAAACAAUCCAACUUGGUUACCUCAUUUUUAGGCAUCUGGUUCAGAUCGGAGUCUAUUACAAGCAUUUAGGGAAAUAUCAGUUAUGGCUGAUCGCAUUAAUCUGCCAAAAAAUAUUGUGGUGAGCUAAGACUAUAUUCUUCCAAGCAGUGGCGGAAAUUCACUUUUUCUGGUGGGGGGGGGCGAAGCCUUUUAAAUUUCCGACAAAACUUUCAAAUUUCCGACAAACCCCCCCAUUUGCACUCGAAAAGGCUGUUUUUAGCCCUUUUAUAGGUCAAAAUUUCCGAAAAUUUGUCAUUUUCCACGAAGGUGGGGGGGGGGCGCCCCGCCCCACCAAGAUUUCCGUCACUGCUUCCAAGGACCAAUAACUGUAGUCUUGGUAUAUUUGACUACACAGCUAAUUAUAGGACCAUGGUCUCAGACAUAUAUGACUAUGUUUUUGUUAUAUUUAGGAUCGAGCAAACACGUUAUUUAAACAAGUUCAUGAACAAAAGAGCCUGAAAGGUCGGAGUAAUGAUGCCAUAGCCUCAGCCUGCCUGUGUAUUGCUUGUCGACAAGAGGGUGUACCAAGAACGUUUAAAGGUAUUGGUCAAAUUCACAAAUGUUCACACUUACAAUUAGAGCAAGAAUAUUAAACUUUGCAUGCUAUUUAUUAUUUUAUUCUCCACCAAGAUGUACUUCUACAUAUAAUGAAAAGAAUGAACAUUAUUUUCUCACUCUGUUAACUGCAGGUUGACCAUCAUCUGCUGCGCGAUUAAUAGUGUUUAGUGAAACCCAACUAUCGUUCUCUCCCAUUCUUAGAAUGUCCUUAGAAGAACUUGUAUUUUCAAUAUUAUCUCAAUCUAUAUUUUCAUAGAAAUCUGUGCCGUUAGUAAAGUUUCCAAGAAAGAAAUUGGUCGAUGUUUCAAGCUCACUUUAAGAGCUCUGGAAACUAGUGUGGAUCUUAUAACAUCGGGAGAUUUUAUGGUACACCUCGUUGUAAUUCUGUGCAUGAUCUGUCUGGAACGCAUUCUUCGUCGUGUUCCAUUUACGUUUGAAUUGAGUUCUCAGUGUCGUCUGACAGUGACAGUGCGUUCCAAAUUACAUUCCAGAACGCGUUCCAAUCUAACCAGAACGUUAAUCGUUAUUAAAACGGUGUUGUUGGAAUAGUGCUACAUCAAUAAGGGCCUUUUCGCAUUCAUGUAGGCAUCAACUAUUUCGCUGACCUCAGACUGACAUUUCGUCAAAACCUUUUUCUUCAAAAUUGGUUUAGAAACGAAUUUGGAGUAGGGUUAGGUUAGGGUUAGGGUAAAGAUUAUUAGGGUUAGAGUUGGUGUUUGGAGUACGGUUAGUGUUAGUAAAACCGUUGCUUUGUUACGUUUUAGGGGCUUCGGUGGCCAAGUGGUUAGCGCACUUGCCUUCCACCUCUGAGGCUGCAGGUUCGAAUAUCACUAAGUACCUUCUCAGUGCGACUCGAACCCAGUCCCCAUGUGAAAAGAGUAAAAGUCAACGCUCUGCCGAAAGCUGUGGGUUUUCCCCGGGUACUCCGGUUUCCUCCCACAGGAAAAGUUGACAGGGUGGGUUAGGUAAAAAAGGGCCCACAGUAAUUGGCAUAUGCUGUUGUGGUGACCCUGCCCUAGUUGGCAAAGCUAAAUAAAUAAAUAAAAUAAAAUAAAUUUUGUCACUCUGAGGCCAGCGAAAUAAUCUCUUCCAUUCAUGUAGUGUUAUUGCAGGAGGAAACCAAAGCAUCCAGAGAAAAUCUUCCGUGUUUCAGUGUUUGGUAGAGUCAAACUGGAAGCACUGUUUUCAUAUGUGACUGGGGUGAAAUUAUAAUGAGACAGCUACAUAUUGCAGGAAUGGGACCCUGAUUGAUGAGAAUCAAAUUGGAUUACCACUCUUUUCACAUGUGACUGAGGUGAAAUUAUCAUGAGACAACUGCAUAUUGCAGGAAUCAUACCUCACCCAGCUCGAUCAACAACAAUCCUGAUUUUCUUUCCUUCAUUCCUUCUAGUCUCGGUUCUGCUCAAACUUACGAUUACCAAUGCCAGUCCAGAAGGCUGCAACACACAUUGCAAGGAAAGCUAUGGAUCUUGAUUUAGUAGCUGGGUUAGUUGUUCUGAUGCUGAAUUAAAUAAAAGGAGAAUAAUUAUAUAGAAUUGUAUAGAUUAUAUAACAUUUUGUUUCUUUUGUUUUCAGUCGUAGUCCCAUAUCAGUGGCAGCCGCGGCAAUCUACCUUGCAUCUCAAGCUUCUGAAGGCAAAAAGUCACAAAAAGGUAAAUGA